GAAUGGCAGGAAGAGAGGCACACCCUCGGGGAAAGACUUGGCCCCGGGCAUCUCUCAACCCUUGGCGGCAGAGCGCGCAUGUAGUGCCCGAGGCGGGAGAAGAACGCAGUCGGUCCCUCCUAUCGUCACCUCAGGGCUCCUCCUGCGCCCGCCGCCAUUUUGAGCCGUUGCGGAGCGCCAGAGGCGCCUGGCAGAGCGCAAACCACCCCACCUUCGUCGUCCUGUCUCUUCCCUCCCUUAAUAUCUGCUGAUGCUGGUGCUAGGCCCCCUUGCGCCACUAAUUCGCCUCCUCAUCGGAGGAAAGCUAGCGCAGGUUCCGCAGGCAUACUUGCUCUUCUUCCCUCAUCUCUCAGUGACUUUUAGAAGCACCAUAUUGCUCACUGACAUUGAAAUCAUUUUUCCAGCUGUGAAAUAUCUGCCAGGAUGUUCAAAAAUGAAUAUCAGGGUGGCCCAUUUGUUGAAAUCUUCAGUGCUCAAGGCAAGAAUCCUGGAACAAAGUGGAAGAUUUUUGGGAGUCCAUCGGUAAUUGGGAAGGAGUUCGAUAAGCAAGUGAAGGGCUUUGUCUUUGUUCUGGAAGGAAGCAGUCAAACAAACAAGAUGCAGCUUCCUAAAGAAACAAGGCAAACUCUUGGACUGAUCCAGCAAUUUCUGGUACUUCAGAUUUAUGUACCAUUGGGACAAGACUUCUCUACUGAAUUGCUGAUAACUGAUUUAGGAAACAUUAAAAGAAGAUUGUAUUUAUCAACAAUCCACAAGGAAUUAUCUGUAACUCCUCUACAUGCAAAAAUUCCUCUCUUUAUGAUCAAGCGCAAAAUUUGGUGCAACCUGUGCAUUGACUUGGUAGCAUUCACCAGUGAGAUAUUCAAAGGAGCCGUUUUCCAGUCCUUGGAUGGCAUUAUUGUUUCAGCUAACUGUAAACUACGAAAGAUCUUCACACUGAAGUCAGAGCCCCUGGAUACAGAUGAUGAAGAUGUUGAUGGACCAACUGAUACGAUUCCUCGAGCCUGUCAGUUAAAUUCAGAUGUGCCACAAGUCACACAGCUGCUGAAUAUGAACAAGCUGCGCCCAGCAGAACAAAAAUGUGGAGGUCGGCUUUUAGCCUCACCAGAAUUAGUAGACCAUCUAUUGAACCGGGGAUCAGCCACUACACGAAACAGUAAAAAUCAAGAUGUAUCCCAUAUUGCAUUUGGAUCAAAGGUUCUUGGGCCACCACCGCCUUCAGGACGAAGGUUCAGCACAAGGGCAUCUGGAGAGGUAGCAAAAUCUGGGAGCGUCAGAAUUAGCAGAUCAUGCCAAAUGCCAGCUUUGGAAAAGGGAAAGGAACCAGUUCAAGACACUGCCAAGUCUGAAUGCUCUCCCUCACCAUUUGAAAUUGCUUUAGAUCAAGGGAACAAAGACAGUGUUCACCACACGAGUCAGACAUCACUGGACAAGGAUGAAUGGAUAUUCCCUGAUAAAGAAAGUUCUCAACUGGAUUCCAGCAAUCCAUCACUAAUGGAUUGUGAAACAUCUUAUGUUUUAAACUCUGCAUUGAGUGAUGGCCAAGCCUGUGAAAACAGGCAAGCAGCCAAAGACCAACAUGAGGAUAUUUUUACCUAUUCCUCAAAACCUAGAUCAGCACCUCAUGGGAAGCCCUUGAACCUGUCAUCUGAAAGCUGCAGCUUUUCUGUGGAUUUAAAAGAAGAGAUCAGUGGGGUUUGGCGAGGAGCUCAAAUGGAAGAUGACUUUUAUGGAAACAAGAGCAAUGAAGAAGAUGAUAGUGAUAGUGAAUUUAUGCAAGAGGCUCCGCAUCGUCAGACCAGCCACUUAAUACUGGAGUCAUCUGAACUUGCAGUUUCUAAAGAUAUCCCACUCAAAAUGACAUCCAGAAGUCCUGAGAACUGGGAAAGCAAAGGAUAUGCAAAACACGCCAGUGAUGAAGCACUACCACUAACUACAGAAGAUUCACUUGUGAUGACCAGAAAAGCAGAUAAAGGUCAAAGAAAUCUGUUGCCAACUUCCUGCUUGUCCCCAACAGGAAACAUACCUGAAUCCGUCAAGGAAACAUCUGUUAUAUCAAAGGGUACAUCAACCAGUCCAUUAAGAACUUCCAUAAGUAGAAAAUCCCUCAAAGAAAUCCCACAGGAGAAUUCAAAUCUAAUAGUCCAAAUUCCUGAAUAUGACUGGAGAAACUACCAAGCAGGCAACAUGAGUGCUUCCGAACUGCAAAUGUUAGCAAGUAUGAAAAAGCAACAAAACGAAGAGCUGGAAGAUAAUGGACUUUCACAUGGGUUGAGUGCAUCUCAGUUAGACAACUGUAAUAUCAGCAUCAGCACAAGCAGUGAUGACACAACAACCUGGAACUCAUGUCUCCCAGCGCCUGUCAAUCAAGGGUGUCACUAUCAGAAAGAAAUGAAUCCUCUUUCCCAUUCCAACCCACGGGAUUGGUUAAAUGUGUUCAGCCCUCCUAUAAUUCCUCCAAGCCAACAGCUGGCAGAACAUGCUUACACGACAAAACACCUGAGCACUCAAGGUGAAGGUGAUGACUUCAGGGCUGAAGAAGAUGAAGUUCUCACUCUCUUGUAUGACCCAUGCCUAAAUUGUUAUUUUGAUCCUGAGACUGGGAAAUACUAUGAGUUGGCAUAGCCAUUUGCAAGGACAAGGAGUGUGGUUCUUGUCUGGCACUGUUCCAGCACUUGAGUCUUUUGCAAAAUACUGUUUUAAAACUAACAUUUUUCUACUCUGUGGUCCAAAACUUUACAUCAGCCUGUAGCAUGUGUAGACAACCCAAAACACUUGCAAAUACUAUGCAAUCUUAUUUUUGUAGAUUUGAGCUAUAUUUUAAUAGAAUGCUUAGCAAGUUUUUCAAGUUUUCACAUAUUUGUUCAGUCAGCUGAUGUUAUGUAAAAUAUGAAAAGAUUUGUGUGUAUGAGCAAAUGAAUCAAAGAUGUUUCCCAGGUUAAUCUGUAAAGGAUGGUGAGAUGAAAAAAAUUGUUUACUUGUUCUUUCAUCUCUGAUAAUUUAAGUAGAUGUAUUGCAUCUUUGUACUUGAAACAAUACAGUGUGGUGCUCAAAGGGAAGUGUACCAUAA